AUGGCGAGCGCCCACGUCGCGCAGGCUGAGCCUCUACCGCUGGACGAGCCUGGCAUCAAUGAAAAGGUAACAACGAUUCCGAAUCCAGUCGACAGCUCAACGGCGGCGCUGCUGCAGGAGGAAAGCAGUGACGAGACCCUCCUCACGGACUCGCCGGCCGGCGACGAGUCGUCAGAACGGCCCAAAGCAACAAGUGGCGAGAGCAAGUCGUACGCUGCAGUCGUUGCGCACUGCGAGGAGACGGAACAGCCAGCCGCGAGGCCAAAGCCGAUAGACAGUGACACGCCUUAUCCGCCGCUCAGAACCGAACAUUCUCACGGGCGACAUGAGCGAGAGGCUUGGAGGGCGGGCGGCAUCCGCUUCGCACCUUUACGAGUGCCCCUAACGCGGCGAUUGCAGACAGGAGCUGUGCUCUUCCACUGCAUGUCCAUUGUCGUCCUCGUGUCCAUGUUUUGGUUCACGUGCGCCAACCCAUUGUUGUGGCCUAUCUUGGUACCCUACCUACUGCAUCUGACCAUGUCGACGGCGUCGAUGGAUGGGAAGCUCUCGUAUCGUUCAGAAUGGUUGCGUUCGCUGCCGCUGUGGAGGCUGUUCGCGGGAUACUUCCCCAUGGCACUGCACAAGACGUACGACCUGCCACCGAACCGCAAGUACAUUCUUGGUUACCACCCACAUGGCAUCAUUUCCCACGGCGCGUGGUGUGCCUUUGCGACCAACGCGCUCGGCUUCGGCGACAAGUUCCCCGGCAUCACCAACAGCCUCCUGACGCUCGACUCCAACUUCCGUCUGCCGUUCUACCGGGACUGGAUCCUGGCCAUGGGCAUCCGGAGCGUGUCCAAGGAAUCGAUUCGCAACCUUUUGUCCCGGGGUGGACCAAACAACGACGGGCAGGGACGCGCCGUCACCAUUGUCAUUGGCGGUGCCCGAGAGUCGCUGGAAGCGCAGCCUGGCCACUUGCGGCUGAUUCUCAAGGGCCGCAAAGGCUUCAUCAAGAUGGCGCUUCGCACCGGGGCGGAUUUAGUGCCCGUAAUUGGGUUUGGUGAAAACGAUCUCUACGACCAGCUCAGCCCGAAAACGCACCCCAUGGUGCACAAGCUGCAGAUGCUUCUGCUCAAGGUGUUCAAGUUCACCAUCCCCGCGCUUCACGGGCGCGGCCUGCUUAACUAUGAUGUUGGGCUCAUGCCGUACCGCCGGCAGGUCAACGUUGUUGUCGGCAAGCCCAUCGAAGUCAAUGAGUCGCACGGCAUGCAGCCAGCACAGGAAGAGAUUGACCGGUACCACGCCCUGUAUGUGGCCGAGGUGGAGCGUCUUUUUGCGGCGUACAAGAAUCAGUUCUCCAACGGCAAGGUACCGGAGCUGGAGAUUUUCUCGUGA